CCUCCUUUACCUUCCCGUCUUCUUCUCUCUUCUCUUCUUCCAUAACUCUCUAGUCCUAUCUUCUUCUAUAUAAGAGAUAGGUAAAGGUGGAAAUAAGGAGCCCUAAGGAGAACAUGUCAGGGAUCCAGUGCCAAAGCAAAGCCAGUACCAGCCCCCGCCUCAAGCUAUUCGGCUUCCAUGUGUCCGAGGACGAGGAGUCCGGCGACCGCCCCUUGCAGCGGGAGGCCGGCCUUGGGUCCGACUCCUCCUCCUCUACCACCACUACGGCCGCCCCGGCCUCCGGCAGUGCCGAAGGCCGGAAGUACGAGUGCCAGUACUGUUGCCGCGAGUUCGCCAACUCCCAGGCCCUGGGUGGUCACCAGAACGCCCACAAGAAGGAGCGCCAGCAGCUCAAGCUCGUCCAGCUGGCUGCCGGGAGCAGGCUCCCGUCACCUCCCGGGCACACCCGCGCCAAACCCAUGGUCUCCGCCUUCGCCCCGCCGCCCCACCUCCUCCCGGACUACGCCGCCCCGCUUGCCGGCAGAGCGGGCCCCACAGGUUGGGUCUACUUCUCCCACGCCACGCCGUCGUUCCACGUGUCGCACGGCUGCGUUUUCCCCCCCUCAGCACGGGUAGCGCACCCGUCAUACUCCUACUCCCCCGCCAGCAACGGCGGCGGCGGCGUCCCCCUCCUCUACGGCGAAGACCGGAACCGUCCACCCACCGCGGUCGCGAGGUUCACCGUUCCGGCUCCCAACGCGAUGGCGUCGGACUCGGCUGGCGCGGACGCCGCGGUCGGGUUGGACCUCCAGCUCAGCCUCGCCCCAGCCGGAUCGCGACUCGGUUUCUAGACUCGUCCUGACUCGGUUCCCUGUUAGGCUGACAAUCAGACUGUUGAUUUGGAGGAGAUAAUCAUUGUAUAUUUUUCAAAUUUAUAAUUUUCAUUUUAACUUUGCCUCCACGAAAUGAUGGUGCUUAGUUUCAUGGAUUUUUAUACUAAUAUCACUAUGACUUUUAUUUA